AAAAGGCCUGAACAAAUUACAAAACCGUGACAACAUUAUUUUCCACUAUAAAAGCAAUUUUGUUCAUUCAAGUUCAAUCUCAAAUCGAAACCCAUAGGCCAUAGCCAAAACCCCUAAAAUCUUCAAGAAACCCCAUUCAACGAUGUCAACAGCAUCACCCCCAAAUUUCGAUUGCCGCAUGUAUGAAGCCAAGUUCCCGGAGGUUGACACGCCAGUGAUGAUCCAGGUCAAGGAAAUCGGAGAUGUUGCUACUCAUGUCUCACUCCUUGAAUACAACAACAUCGAAGGGAUGAUCCUCUUAUCGGAUCUCUCUCGCCGCCGUAUUCGAAGUGUUGGCAGCUUAAUCAAAGUAGGCCGCAUCGAACCUGCUAUGGUGCUUCGUGUUAAUGCUGAGAAAGGUUAUAUUGAUUUGAGUAAAAAGAGGUUAUCGGAACAGGAUGUUCAAAUCUGCGAAGAGAGGUAUAGUAAGAGCAAGCUUGUGCACUCCAUCAUGCGCCAUGUUGCGGAGACUAUGAAUGUUGAUCUCGAGGAUUUAUACAUCCAUGUUGGCUGGCCUUUGUACAGAAAAUAUGGGCAUGCAUUUGAGGCUUUCAAAUCAAUAGUUAACGACCCUGAUUCCGUGCUCAAGUCCCUCACACGUGAAGUCAAACACAUUGGUCCAGAUGGAAAAGAGGUGAGUAAAGUCGUUCCUGCCCUUUCAGAGGAUGUGAAAGAUGCUUUGGUUAGAAACAUCAGAAGACGAAUGACCCCACAACCAUUGAAAAUCCGGGCUGAUAUUGAAAUGAAAUGUUUCCAAUUUGAUGGUGUCCUCCACAUCAAGGAAGCCAUGAGACAAGCUGAAGCAGUUGGCACUAAAGAGUGUCCAGUGAAAAUAAAAUUGGUUGCUCCACCAGCUUAUGUUCUUAAUACACAGACUCUUGACAAGGAACAAGGGAUAAAGAUUCUUACAGAAGCGAUUGCUGCUUGUGGUGCUGCAAUAGAGCGUCAUAAAGGGAAACUUACCAUAAAAGAGUCACCUCGGGCAGUGAGUGAAAGGGAGGACAAACUGCUGGCAGAGCAGAUGGCUAAACUUGGGAGGGAUAAUGCAGAGAUUAGUGGUGAUGAAGACAGUGAGGUGGAAGAAGAUACGGGAAUGGGUUCUGUGGAUUUGGAGAGCACAAGUUCUGGGAUUACAACAGAGUCAGUGAUAUAACAGAUUCUAAGCAUAUAUCUGUUAAAUUUUGCAUUUUGUUUUUUGUGUAUUUUUUGGCCCAUUUACUUGCUUGCUUAAUUUCAAAGGGUAUGGCUUUCUUGCUUGUGUAAACCGAGUUUUUUUUUUUUUUUUUUUUUUU